UUCACCCUUCUAUAUCAGUUAUCUGCUGCCAUAAUAAUUUGGUAUAAUAAAUAGCCACAAAACGUUGGUGGCAUAUAGUGAUAAACUUACGUUUAGCACAUAAGUAUAUGGGGCACAGCUUACCUGGGGUGGGCAGGCCCUAUUUAUACAUCUGCAUUCAGCAGCUCUGCAGACCUCAGGCUAGGCCUGCUCACAUGUCUGGCAGUUAGCUGGCUGUCAGCUAAUCUAGGAUGGUCUCAUCUGCUCCACUGGGGUGAUCUGGCUCUGUCCUACAUGUCUCUUAUCAUCUGAAAGAUAUCCUUCUCUGACAAUUUCAGAGGGCAAAAGUAAGCAAACCCAGCCACAUAAGUACUGUUCAAACCUCUGCAUGCAUCACAUUUGCUAAUAUCAUUGGCAAAAUCAAGUCAUAUUGUUGAAUCCAGUGCCACAAUGGAAGGGCACUGCAAAAUAUUAAUACAUGGCUAUAGGGAAGGGGGAAGAAUUGAGGCUAGUAACAUACUCUGCCAUAGCCUUUUCCCAGUUACCUAAACAUAGGUAAGUCAGUAACUAUAUAUACAUUUUAUUAACAUAAAUGAUAGAAUACCAUUCAUUUUUCCAUACUUUGCUUUUUUCCCCACUACUUUAUGAUUUAUUUCCAUUAAUAUAUAAUGCUCUAUCAUCAGGUGUCUUCUCCUAAGGAAGAUUAAAUCAGAAAAUUUUAAAUCACAGUUAUCCCUUCACUUGAAGCCAGAGUAAGCCUUCUAAAUUAACCCCAGGAAUGGCUUCAACAGAGGAACAGUAUGAUCUUAAGAUUGUGAAAGUGGAGGAAGACCCUAUCUGGGACCAAGAAACCCACCUUCGAGUGAACAACUUUUCUGGCCAAGAAGCCUCCCGACAACUUUUUAGGCAGUUUUGUUACCAAGAGACUCCUGGUCCCCGAGAAGCUCUAAGCCGGCUCCGAGAACUCUGUCGUCAGUGGCUAAGGCCAGAAGUCCACACCAAAGAGCAAAUCUUGGAGCUGCUGGUGCUGGAGCAGUUCCUGACUAUCCUGCCUGAGGAGCUCCAGGCCUGGGUGCGGGAGCACCAUCCGGAGAGUGGGGAGGAGGCUGUGGCUGUAGUUGAAGAUCUAGAACAAGAGCUUAGUGAGCCAGGGAACCAGGCUCCAGACCAUGAACAUGGACAUUCUGAAGUGCUCUCGGAGGAUGUGGAACAUCUGAAGGUCAAGCAGGAACCAGCAGACAUCCAGCUUCAGCCUACGGUGACACAGCUCAAAUAUGAAUCUUUUUGCCUCCACCAAUUUCAAGAACAAGAUGGUGAAAGUAUACCUGAGAACCAGGAGUUGGCAUCAAAGCAAGAAAUCUUAAAAGAAAUGGAACAUUUGGAGGAUAGCAGACUCCAAAGGGAUGUAUCUUUGGAUUCUAAGUACAGAGAAACUUGUAAACAAGACAGCAAGGCAGAAAAGCAGCAGGCACAUUCCACUGGAGAGAGACGCCACAGGUGCAAUGAAUGUGGGAAAAGCUUCACUAAGAGUUCAGUACUCAUUGAGCACCAGAGAAUCCACACUGGGGAGAAGCCAUAUGAAUGUGAAGAAUGUGGGAAGGCCUUCAGCCGGAGGUCAAGCCUGAAUGAACAUCGGCGGAGCCACACUGGAGAGAAACCCUAUCAAUGUAAGGAGUGUGGGAAAGCCUUCAGUGCCAGCAAUGGCCUCACUCGACACAGAAGAAUCCACACAGGGGAAAAACCAUAUGAAUGCAAAGUGUGUGGGAAGGCUUUCCUCCUCAGCUCAUGCCUUGUUCAGCAUCAGAGGAUACACACUGGAGAGAAGCGCUAUCAGUGUCGUGAGUGUGGCAAAGCCUUCAUUCAGAAUGCAGGGCUUUUCCAGCAUCUCCGAGUCCACACUGGUGAGAAACCCUAUCAGUGCAGUCAGUGCAGUAAACUCUUUAGUAAGCGGACACUUCUUAAGAAACAUCAGAAAAUCCACACUGGAGAGAGACCAUGAGUGUGAUGAGUUUGGGAAAGUCUUCAGUCAUCAUUGCAACCUUAUUAGGCAUUUUAGAAUCCAUACUGUUCCAGCAGAACUGGACUAAUUCUGUGGACCCUCAGACCCCUAAAUGGGGCCGUCUUGGAAAGUAAGAUUUUCAAGUGGUUUAUUCUGUUCUUAUAAAAUUUAUUUUGUAUUGCAUUGAACCACUUGUCUACACACCAGGCAUUGGUGUCUCCUGUGUGGAUGACUGUGAUUGUAGGGUUUCCUGGGUGGCCUUCUUAUUCCCUAUCCUUUGAUCCGUUUCUUAUGAUUUCCUUUAAAGGGAUAAAAUCUUAUCUGGAAAUAAAUUGUUAUGGAGGGGCUGUUUUUGAGCAAUACUGCAUAUUGAACAAUUCUAAAAGACCAGUAUCCAUGUAUACUUUUUAAAAAAAGAUUGGCUAAGAUCAAAGGAUAUUCAGAGGUGCAUCUUUUUCUGUAAGAGUGACGUUUUAAACAAACGUAAGGUUUUGGGGAAUAAGAAUCAUCCACAUUCCCACAGGAAAUCAUUGCUAUGGUCUCCCCUAGGAAUGUGAUAGAUAGCUUCUAUAAUCAUGCAGCAUUAUCCAUGGUAUGAAACCUGUAGUUUUAAUGGUUUAGACAUCUAUGUCUCAUUUCAUAUCUAACUCAUGUUUUUGAUAUGAAUCAUCAAUAUAUAUGUUGAUAUCAUAUGAGUUAAUAUGAGUUUGAUAUGAAUCAUCAACAUAGUAUAUACAUAUCAACAUAACUAUGUUGAUAAUUCAUAUCAAAUUCUCAAUGCAGGUCAUUACUGUAUUUAAGUUUUCCAUUUUUGUUACAAAUAAUAAGUAAGAUGAUACUUUAAAAUCUCUGUUCUUUACAAGGUACCUCUUUAAUUCAUAGCCUUUUAUGUCAGCAUUAUUCUUCUUUUGGGAGUUGGUCAGCAACUUUGAGUGCCAUUGCAAGCAGCAUCAUUUAAGUAGUUUUAUAAAGAAAAGAAGUCUGAUAUCUUGGGCAGCUUGCUGCUUACUGGGGAGACCAGCAUGCUUAGACAUUUAUUGUCAGGGUUAAACAUAUGCUCUGGCACCAAGUUCAAAUCUUUCCUCCCCAUUUGUGAACUGUGGGACUUAGGCAACUUAUCUAAAUGCUGCUAUGCUAUAGUCUCCCCAUCUGUAAAACAGAGGAUGAUACCAGUACCUUCCUCAUAGGGUACAUAAGAUUAAACAAAUACAAACUUGUACUUAAAAUGUAGAUCUCAAUAAAUGUGCAUUAUGAUUUACAUAAGAAAUAAUAGCAUUUAACAAAUGUAGGUAGAAUUUUAAGUAUCAUGUUAAAAUUAGGAUACGAAAUGCCUCUGCUGACAUUCUUGUUACUCUUUUCUCUACAGUCAAAACCUGAAUCAGAGUAUUUCAAAAGAGGAAAUAAAAGUUCAGCUUAAAACUGUUCUGCCCUAAA